ACAACGGCUGUCACCGCGUUGGCCGCCCGGGUGCAGCUGGGUGUGUGGGGCGUUAGGGCCAUACAAGCCCGAGGCUUCAGCUCCGAACGGUCAGACUCCGGCGCGGGCUCGAUCCGGGAGGCAGGUGGGGCCUUCGGAAAGAGAGAGCAAGCUGAAGAGGAACGAUACUUCCGAGCACGCACUAAAGAACAACUGGCAACCUUGAAGAAACACCAUGAAGAGGAAAUCACCCAUCAUAUAAAGGAAACUGAACGUCUGCAGAAAGAAAUUGAGCGGCACAAGAAGAAGAUCAAACAUCUAAAACAUGAUGAUGAUGAUUAAACAUACACACUUCCCAUAGCACAGCUACAUAUCAUUGCCCGCUGCUAUGGAAGCAGAGUU